AUGCAUCACGACUGCUCACCUCCUAUAAUUCAUAGAGACAUUUCCAUUGGCAACAUCCUUCUUGAUUCUAAUUAUGAGGCACAUAUUUCUGAUUUUGGCACAUCCAAGCUUUUAAAGCUAGACUCAUCAAACUGGACCGCUAUUGCAGGCACCUAUGGUUAUAUCGCGCCAGAGCUUGCUUAUACGAUGGUUGCAACCGAGAAAUGUGAUGUGUAUAGCUUUGGCAUUGUUGCACUUGAAGUUAUCAUGGGAAAACAUCCCGGUGAACUACCAACAUUGUCUGCUGAUUAUCUAGUGUUGGAAAAUGUGGGAGACAGUCGGAUUCCACUACCCUCACCACAAGUUGAGAAACAAGUUAAGUUGGUGUUGAGUCUCUCAAGAGCAUGUUUGAACUCCAAUCCGAACGGAAGACCAACAAUGCGCCAAGUUUCAAAUCUGUUUAUGAAGGAUCUGCUUUGAAACAACAUUUGUUGUCCAAUAAAUAUAAUGUACGUUCAAUGUUCUUUACUUUUCUCAAGUUCUCUAUAUGCAUCAUGUCAAUAUAUAUGUAUUCAUUUGAAUGCCUUUUUGUUAAGAAACUUUAGAUUUGUUUGUAAUAGAUAAACAGAUAAGUCAAUGGGUUGAGAUUGUUGUAGUUCUAAAACUCACUACUGAAACCAAGGACACCAAAAUAA